AUGGAAAUCAGAUUCUUGUUUCUUGUUCUGAUCAAAAUCCUAACUUCCCUGAUAUUGCUUGCACAAUGCAACCAGUUCUCAGUCAUGCACCAUCCAGACAGUGUUCAUUUUGUGACUCCAACUAACAAAUUGCAAUCAUCAGAGAUUCCUGCAACUGUCUUGUCUCUCUUUGGAUUGUCAAGUGAUAUUCCAAUGAAAUGGGAUGGUCUGCUAGCAGGCAACAUAUUCAAGAGGCCAAAAGCUGUGGUGAUGUUUGCAAUUGAUUCUACUAAAAAAGACAUUCCUAUUAAAAACAACAUCAACAAUUUUGACCUACAACAAGACUCUGGUGACCUGAGCAUGCAAGUUGUUAACAAUAAGUUGGAGAAGAUAGAUUGGAGAGUUAAACCUCUUACUAUUGACAGUUCAAUGGAUAAUCAGUUAUUUGAUACAAGAUCAAGCUACUCUGAGCUUGUAAACUCCAGGACAAUUGACAGCAUUCAAAGUGACCUGGAGAAAUCUGAUUGGAUGAAGCAGCACAAAACUGGGUCACUGGUCUUUACAUCUGAUGUUGAUUUGGCAUUUAUUGCAGAGAUGUUUGUGAUUAGUGAAACAAUUAAGAAGAUCAAAGAUAACAAAAGUGUUUUGAAGAGUGACAGUCCUAGUUUUUUUCACUUCAAAAUUUCAACUCUGAAAGCAUUGGAGGACAAACCUGCUUACGAUGAUGCCAUCAAUCUGCUGAAUGACGUUUUCAGUGAGGCAAGGGAUGAAUUAAUUAGUCUCUUCUCUGGCAAUGUGGUCGUAGCCGUAGUGACAAUGAAUCCAGAUCUUGGAACUAAAUUGAUGAUAAGUAGACAUUUGCAAGAAGCCAACGCAACUAUUGAUACUGAGUCGAAAUUCAACAGAGCACCGAAGUACACAUACAUGUACCCAGUUAUCUUCAACAUAGUUCUCUGGUUCAUGAUCGCAUUCGUCAUUACACUGACCUGGAUAUCGUGGUCCAUCUGGCACAUGGACCCCGGCAGAGAUAGUGUCAUCUAUCGAAUGACCACACAACGUCUCAAGAGAGAUUGA